AUGUCUAAAGGUUGGGAGGUGUCUCAGUAACAUGGUAUUAUAUCGGGGUAUGUCUAAAGGUUGGGAGGUGUCUCAGUAACAUGGUAUUAUAUCGGGGUAUGUCUAAAGGUUGGGAGGUGUCUCAGUUACAUGGUAUUGUUACUAGUCAGUAAAGGCCAGAAAGUGUCUCGAUAACACCGUAUUUUAUAUAGGGUUGGUUGCCUAAAGCUGGGAAGGCCUAUUACCCUCUCAGUCACACUGCUGUACCUAUAUCACUCCAGAAUCAAUUGUCAGUACCAGAAAUUCAGACCUAUCUAUAUCUGUGUUGAUUUUUUCCUGCAGGUAUAGCAGGGCUGACAUCCCAGUAUUAUACACAGGUAGAUUAUGUUAGCUUCAGACAGUAUGUCCCAGAGUAACACCGAGACAGGCCGAUGAUAUUGUGGAUUUCACUAUCAUCUGGCUGAUCAGUGCAGGGUUUGAAUGAAUGUGACAACUAUUGGAAAUGAGUUGAGGAUAGUAGACUUCUUCACAUGGGAAUCAGCCGGAAUUAUGGAUUAUUAGAGAGCGAGAGUAUCUUUGUUCAUCGGGAGACAAAGGAUCGUAAUAUUGAAGCUGGUUGUAAUUUCUGCAGCCGUAACAGCUGUAGAUGUUUUAAUUGUCACAGCAAUUCAAGACAGUCAUCGUGUCCUGAGGAGUAGAUAGCAUGGUGUGUUAAAUGGUACAGAUGCUGUACAGGGCAGCUAAAUGUCAGAUCCUAACUGUAUCACGAGACUAACGAGGACAACUACAACAUAAAAAGUGACACUACGCAAGAAUCAUGUGACAAUGUUAGAGAUUUUGGUGUCCUAACUAUUCCAUAAAUAGGAUAUACCCUAUGGCUUUACAACUGGAGUCGACUGUAACACAUAUCCCUGACAAUCGCCUUCGCAUGGCUGUCGAUAAAGACUGUCUCCCAAACAAAUCAAACUCCUGAUUAUUCUAGAGGACUUUGUUGAAAUUUCAAUGAGAAAUUUUCGUACGUUUUUCAUUCGGAUGUCAAGCUGAAUGUGAAGCUUAAUGAGUGAGGAGGGUAACAUGGGAAAACAAUUACUUGUGGCUUUAAACCGACGUAUAAACAACCUAAGGUCUGCACUAGGCUUCAAUGUUUCUACUUCAGAUAGGGAGGAGAAAGCGGUGACCGCCGUCAAGAGAGACCCUAUCAUGGCUGAAAAUUUCCUUCAGAGACUGAAACAGAAGAAAUCUGACAAAUAUCUGAACAUUGAAGUGAGGGCGAUUGUUCGUAAUCAAGAUGAGUUUCCAUAUUCAGUGUCCAUGACUCCAGAGAAUGUUAUGAAGAAUGUGAAUCAAGACGUUGUACCAUAUGAUCACGCAAGAGUGGUGUUACGAGAUGCGCCACACGGAGAAAACGACUACAUCAACGCUAGUUACAUCGAAGGUUACAACCAGGAAAGGGAAUACAUUGCCUCACAAGGUCCAAAACAGAAAACAGUUCCAGCAUUUUGGCACAUGGUUUGGCAAGAAGAUGUUCAUUGUAUAGUCAUGGCAACAGGACUUUUUGAAAAUGCCAGUCAACAAUGUGACAAGUACUGGGGAGAUGUGUUUAGUAUGCAGAAGUAUGUUCGUCAUGGUGACAUUCACAUCUGGCUUGACUCAUCCAUGGAGAUUGCUCAACUUACUAUCCGCAACUUUCGGAUAAAGCGGGAUGGAGCCAGGGAGGAGAGAAGUAUCAAGCAUUUUGAGAUGGUAGGAUUCAAUGAUGAAGCUACCGACCCAGGAUUUCUCCUCGACUGUAUACGCCGUGUUAACACAUACACGCUGGGAGUCACUGGGCCCAUCCUUGUCCACUGCAGGUGUGGUGGGGGUAAGACGUCUGUAUUUAUAGCCCUGGACUGUUGCCUGAAACAGCUAGAGAAAGAAGGCUGUAUUGACAUAUACAGUACUGUCCUUCAUCUCCGGAAGUUCAGAAAAAAUAUGGUUCGCACACUGUACCAAUAUCGCCUUAUUUACGAAGCCGCAGCUAUGCAUAUCCAGUGUGGGACGACUGUGGUGCCGUCUGCACAACUCCCUGCCGUGGUCCAGCGACUCGCUGUUAAAGAUCCGCGGACACGUCUGCAUGGAUUUGAAAAAGAACACCAAAUAAUAAAAAACAUUGCAACACGACUGAGUAUUGGAGACUGCGCUGGAGGACACCGAUCAGAAAAUAGGACAAAAAGUCGUGACAUCAUGUUACUUCCACCGGAGAGAGCUCGACCGUAUCUGUUGACGUCGGAGUCCAGCGAUAACGGGACAGACUUCAUCAACGCAGUGUUUAUUGAUGGUUACUAUCAGGAAAAUAACUUCCUAGUUACACAAUGGCCUAUGCAAAACACAGUCAACGACAUUUGGCGCCUCAUUUACGACUACAAAAUUAUGUCCUUAGUGGUUCUCAAUGACGUCAAAUAUUCCCGGAGCCACCCAUGUUUCUGGCCCACAGACUUAGAUGUGGAACAUAAGUAUGGUCCAAUCGGGGUCCGCUAUCUUGGUUGUCAGAAAUUUCCAAACAUUGUUAUCCGAGCCUUUGCAGUGCGAAAGAACCUGACGUGCAUGUCUGACAUCACAGCUGAGUAUGCUGUGGUCAAAACUUUCCAACUAACCUGUUGGCCAGCCAAGGAAAAGACCCCCCACAGUUCUAAGUCCAUGAUCUACCUGAUGGGCUGUGUGGAGGAAUGGCAGCAGCGUACCAACCCACUCAACCCUGUCUGUAUCAUGUCUAAGGAUGGGUACACACGUUGUGGAGUAUACUGCGUCACGAAUAUUUGUCUGGACCAGUUGAAGGCUGAAGGAGAAGUUGAUGUGUUCGGUGCUGUUCGGAUUGUCAAGAAAAAUCGCCCAGACUUGGUGCCAAAUGUUGUGGAAUAUGUGUUCUGCUAUUCCUUUGUGGUGACUGUACUGGACAUUAUGCAAGAAGACAAACCAAAAAUUGUGAUAACUGGUCCGGCUUCCAGAGGAGGCCAGGUCAACAGGGGUUACCAUGUGGACAUGUCCGGUCUCCAUGGCAACCUCUUUAAUAACGAUGAGUUCACCAACCUUAUCACCAAAUCUUCACAAUUAAGCUUCCACCAGGGAUUUCUGCCUGCCUUGGACAACAAGAAUCUGGCCGCCAAAGGUCACAUCACUACACAGAGGGCAGCACUUGCACACCUUCAAAUCCCUAGUAUUGACAGCGUCAGCGUAUCAUCAGCCGACUCGGCCUCGGACCAAGGCGAGACAAUAAUAAUGAAUAAGAACGUGCUGCCAAACUGUACCGUGGCAAAUGGUGUGGGUACAGGAAGUAGGUACGAGGAAAAUAACAACGUUCGAGUACAAAGUAGCAAUGGAAACCUAACAAAUGGUGGUCACGCAGGAAACUGUCCUCUGCAAAUGGCCUCUCCCAGUGCUUUCUAUCCUUCUGCCUCGUCCUCACGAAACUCAAACUCAGAAAUAUUUCGGAGUGACUUUGUGCCAACUCAAAAGCCACUUCGUGACUCCAGAACCAAACGACCAACAUUACGUCGUCAAGAUGCUACAGAUUCAGAUGCUGUGGAACUGAAAAUGCUCGAAACCAAAAAUCAAACCGAUGAAAGUCUUUCACUUCAAAUUUCACCAUUAUGAUCAAUAUUACGUUAAGGUGUAUUACAUCAUUAUUAUACAUAGUACAGACAGUUAAUUUUGCAGUAUUUUUACCGAUUCACUGUGAUGGCAAACAUUUUAUCAAAUUAUUGUAUCACUAAGGUAGCACCUGUCUUAUGGUUAUCAAGGACAACAUUCAUAAAAAUCUGAUACUUUUCUACUUCUAGGUCAUGAAACUGUAUUCUGUAUAAAAUUCCCUUCCGUUUAGAAAAUCAAGCAGCAAAAAUUCAAUCUGCAAAAUUUUCUGGCUAUACAGUUAUAUGUUGUGUAUAGUGUUUCCUUUGACCAGUUAUAACCAUGAAUGACAUUCUAUACCAUAAAUGACAUAUUCUAUACCAUGAAUGACAUUCCUUGACAUUUAUGACAUAUUCUACACCAAAAAUGACACAUUCUAUACCAUAAAUGACACAUUCUAUACCAUAAAUGACACAUUCUUUACCAUAAAUGACACAUUCUAUAAUGUAAAUGACACAUUCUAUACCAUAAAUGACAUAUUCUUUACCAUAAAUGACAUUCCAUACAAUGAAUGACAUAUUCUAUACCAUGAAUGAUAUUCCAUGACAUUUAUGACAUAUUCUAUACCAAAAAUGACACAUUCUAUCCCAUAAAUGACAUUCUAUACCAUAAAUGACAUAUUCUAUCCCAUAAAUGACACAUUCUAUCCCAUAAAUGACAUUCUAUACCAUAAAUGACAUUCCAUACAAUGAAUGACAUAUUCUAUACCAUGAAUGACAUUCCAUGACAUUUAUGACAUAUUCUAUACCAAAAAUGACACAUUCUAUACCAUAAAUGACACAUUCUAUACCAUAAAUGACAUUCCAUACAAUGAAUGACAUAUUCUAUACCAUGAAUGACAUUCCAUGACAUUUAUGACAUAUUCUAUACCAAAAAUGACAUAUUCUAUACCAUAAAUGACAUAUUCUAUACCAUGAAUGACAUUCCAUGACAUUUAUGACACAUUCUAUACUGUAAAUGAAACAUUCUAUACUAUAAAUGACACAUUCUAUACCAUCAAUGACAUUCUAUACCAUAAAUGACAUAUUCUAUCCCAUAAAUGACAUAUUCUAUACCAUGGAUGACAUUCCAUACAAUGAAUGACAUAUUCUAUACCAAAAUGACACAUUCUAUCCCAUAAAUGACAUUCUAUACCAUAAAUGACAUAUUCUAUAUCAUGAAUGACAUUCCAUACUGAUAUAAUGAAUGACAUAUUCUAUACCGUGAAUGACAUUCCAUACAAUGAAUGACAUAUUCUAUUCAAUGAAUGACAUAUUCUAUACCAUGAAUUAACAUAUCUGUAUCACCAUAGGAUAAAAGCUUAAAAUUGUCCAUAGUGGAUUAGCAGGAAAUAAUCUUAUUUAUGGAAUAGUCCAUAAAUUCAGUGAUGAUUUUAAAUCCUUUGAAAACAUUUAAGUUUCGAAAUAUUGAUGAAGCUGGGGUCUAGAGCCACAUUGUUCAGAAUUACUUUUCCGUACUCUGAUUAGUUGUUCACGGUGACGAAGAUCACUCAUGUUAAUUAACUGGUUAUCGGUCUCACAGGUCAUGCCAACAAAUAUAGAUUUUUACAGUGGAUUUAAAUGAAAUUGUUUUAUAUUUGUGCACGAUUCUUAAACCAACAAAAUGUUUUGUUGCAUAUUGAUUUAAAACGGAGAUAAAUCCAUCAGAAAACAUGGUGUAUUGAGAUUACAUUGGUUAGAUUGUACCACAUUUUUUUUUUUUUUUUUUCUUUAAUUUCUGACACAUGAUCAUUUGUCUAUUGUUUUAUUUUUCCUUCAUUUUAUUGAUGUGUUCAUAUUUUUUUGGGUACUGUAAACCAGCUUAUUUUUGUGAGCGAUUAAUUUUCGCAUAUUCCGUUGGCGGUUAAAAAUCGCAAAAAUUGUAAUUAAUUUUUUUGAUUUUAGGGAAUUUUAAUAACUGCGAAAGACUUUCAAUCACAGGAACAGUAGGCCUUUUAUGACUGUAAAUCAUGAAAUUAAAUCGCCACGAAAAGGUUUUGAGGCAUGAAAAAGCAAAAUUAAGUCACCACAAAAAUGAGUUGGUUUUUCAGUAAUUUAUAGUCAUGUCUGUAUCACAAGACCAUCUAAAGGAAAGCUUAAAAGUGAACUUUGAACAGAGGCGGCCUCUUUAUAGAGGAAAUAUGUACCCAGGUGUAAAUGGUCUCAUAACACAGGUUUAACAGAGAUGUUCUAUCUAACAGAGGAUGUUUAUUUAAAGGAUAAUUGGUCACUUUAAAGAGGUGGUCUACUUAUAGAGGUGGGCUCAUCACAGAUAUGUGAUAUUGUUAGUGUAUAUAAUAUAUAGUUUCAAGCCUUGGUGUAAAAAUUAAAAGUAUUGGACAAUUAUCUAGAACAAUUUGACAAAAUCAUUGUCCAGCGAGUGAUGCACAGGGCCAUGAUGGGAAUCGUUGUUGUUUAUAUAUCUAUAUAUAAUAAUCUAAGAGGCACUUGAAGAGUACUGGGUUGAGCUGGCAUAUAAAAUAGCCUGCAGCCAUGGAUGAACAGAGAACAGGAAGCUGUUAUAUUAUAAAUAUAAAACCUGGAAGGACACAGAACUCACUACUGGGUCGAGUCUUAUGUAGGCUUGACAGAGGGAAGUUUGUACCUAUAGUCUGACCUUGUUUUCUUUACAAGAACCUGUGUUUAUACAUGUACGACUGCCUUGCAUGAUGUUCACAAUUUUUCAAUCAUUUCAUGUUGUGUUUACAUUCAUUUGCAUUCCGAAAAAAAGAUGAAAUGAAUUCAAGUGAUUUUUUUUUUCCUUUUGUGUCAAUAUCGACAAGAUAUACUUGUAUGUAUGAGAAAUCUUAAAAAAGUCUUCCUCAAAUCCAUUUUGUAUCAUGUAUAUAAUAUUGUCUGUUUAUAUCCUUGUAUAAAAUUGUUGAUACAUUUUUCAACGUGUACUUUUAACUUGCCUUUGGUUUAUGAGGAACACCACCAGAUAUUCUGACAGGUUCUGUAUAGAUAAAGGGAGGUAAGCUGGUUCAUGUUUUUCCUAUUUUCUUCGUCACCAUUCACACCUUCCAUUCCUUGUUACAUUUUCGUGCUGAGCCUCACAAUAUACACUGGCAUAAAUUUGCCCGAUAUUACAGAGGGAAGAAAGGGUUGUGGGUUUCAGAUCAGCUCGCAUAUAUCUUUGUACAUAUAUUGGUAUUUUGAAAUAGUUUAUACAUUCCGAAAUUCAUAACAUAUAAAUUGUGGUUAUAGUAUUCGUGUACACUGACACAGGUGUUUUCUUUGUAUUUAACAGGAAUUGUGACAUGCUGAAAACAUUUAGUUCUUCAGCACACCUAUGUGAAAGUAUGACAGGCUUUGAGAUAAAAUUUAAUUAAAGACAAUGUGAAUUGUUUGCUGUACAAUAAGACUUUAUAUAUUUUUGUAAAUUUUUGUAUGUUGUUGAUACUUGGAGCAGGAGAGAGCUUUUUUCACAUUUUACACAAUUUUAUACACUAAUUGUCACCAGUUUCUCACCAGUUUCUCACUCAUUAUUGGUAAUAUAGCUUUUUAAAGAAGAAUUUUGCCGAGCAUCAUUUUUUUCACCUAGUUGCAAAUCAUCACAUGUUUCACCAUGCAUUGGAAGAAGGGUUUCCAUGGAAAUGUUUUCAAUCAUAGUCACUUAUCAACUGACAUUGCUUUUUGACCGAUACAAUACUUGUUCAUGUUUGAAUCUGCAGUUCAAGGCUUUGCUAGCAAUUGGAUUGAAUUCAUUCUCUUAGAAAAUUUCAAAUCAAGAAAAAUUUUGACAAUUUCAAUUUUGUACAGGCUUCAAGUGAACUCAAAAAUUCAAUCCAGGAUUCAAUGUCUGAAUUGACUAAGAUAUUUCUCAACAUUAGGAAUAAUUCAGAAGGGGAAAAAAAUCAGAAAGAAAAAUGAAGAAAAAGUAAUGAAAUGAACAAUAAGAUCACUACAUGUUUAUCAUCUAAACCUGGAAAAAUUGGCAAUGCCAUUUAAUUUAAUUUCACAGUUCAAUAUUUUCUUGUCCAUUCCAACGGAAAACAAAGUGACCAUUCCCGACUGUUAUAAUAAUAUGGUGCAUCAUUCAUGUCAUUUGUCAUUCAAUCAUGUUGUUCACAGAGAAUUUGUACAGUUUUCACUUGGUAGAGAGUUAUUACUGGCCUAAAAUAUACAGUUUGAAAAUGACGAGAUAUUUAAAUAUUGUUUAUGGAUGUACCACAGUCCUCAUGAGUUCAUAUUCCCUAGAAAGCUUUCAGAAAAUGAAAUUUAAGACUGAGAGUUUUGUGGUAUAAAUGUACGUCUAUUCAGUUUUCCAGUAAAAUGGGUUAUAUGAGUUUUAACUGUAAACUGAGUAGACUUUUAGACCUGGUUUUGAAAGUAUCUCAUUAUUGACAGACCUUGCAGAAAGUCUUGUUACUUUAAUAAUACAUGAUGUAAUUGUGCUUUAACAUAUUGAAGAAAAUCCACAGGAAAUAAAAAGCCUGCUUAGCCUAAAAUAUCAAAAACUGGUCCAAUUUUCCUCAGUUCUCAUUGACUAAUUAUAAAGCAUGUCCACAUGGAAUUUGAAAUUUACAGAUAUUAACCUAUGUUUCAAUUUUUAAGAGACACUGGGUCAAUAUUGCAUUAAUGACAUCAUAAUUAUUGUGACACCACAAUGCCCAAAUGUAAAUUUCCUGUUACCAAGAUAAAUAUAAUGCAAUCCCACCAUUUUGUAAACAAGUUUCAUACCCAAUAGAAAAAUGAAGUAUUCGGUCAAUAUGGUUUUAUAUCGAUACCACCAUAUUGACCUCACGAAAGGUCCAUAAUUGAUAAAUAUUCAAUCAUUAUAUAUAUAUUGUUGAUAAUCCAGUGGAUUGCUUGAUUGGCUCAGGAGAUGUAUCUAUAGUCAUAGGAUUUAGAAAUAUUUUCAACCUAUACUUUUAACAUGCUGUCAAAACACUUGCUGGGUAACGCUUUAAUCUGUGUAUCAACUAAACUUACAAUCUAUAUAAACAGAAAUUUAGAAACAUUAUCAAAAUGGUCAUUUAUAUAAAUAAGUUUUUUAUAUGAGUGAAAUUAAUAGUGAGAUUAUGUUUCUAGAACCAAAGACCAACAGAUCUUCUUUGACGAAUAAAAAUACCCCACAGGGACUUGGCAUGAAUUCCCAUCCUGUAUUUCAUAUUUAUAUAAAUACAUUAUAUACAGGACAGAAUAUACAUGUAUAUGGGAUUUUGUGUCUAUCAAGUCCCUGUGAAAUGCACCAUUCCUAAGUUGUUUAUUUUAAGAAAUGAGGGGUGAUUUACAUUACUUGAUAAGUUACACAGUUGCUGUGUUUUCAUAUUUGUAUGGUUGUUACUAUAAUUUGUUAUUUCCUUUUUUUUUUCCUUUUUUGAAAUUUCCUUAUGACAGGACACUUCAAUAUAGAAUUAUUUCAUUCUCCCAUAGAACAGAACUCACUAAGAGGGUACCUUCUGGAAAAUGGGGUCUUCACAAAUGUCAUCUGCCUCUAAAACUACACUGACUUCCAGUCAAGUUAUUUUUGAUGCCUGCAGUUACCUGGUAUCAAAUUUUUAGGUCACCGAGAUAAAUUUUUGAUUGACCUGCUGCAAACUCCUUGAACCUGUCAUAAUCCAUUGUCUGUCUACAAAACAAUUGAUAUUAUUUUACUCUUAAAAAACCCUAAAUUGAUUUAAUAAAUAUUCCUGAAACCUUCCUUGGCUAGAUAACCUUGCUGAAAGUGUGGAAUUGGCUACAAUUUCAACAUCUUCUUUUUCAGACCCAGAUAUAUCCUAGACUCAAAUACUCUUUAAUCAUAAAUUUGUAUACAGAAUCUGAUACAAAUGUAUUAGAAUUUUCUUUUUUUUUAAAUUCAAAACUGUAUGUAUAAUGCAUGUUUGUCAAAUUCAUUAUUGUCAAAUUACAUGUAUAUCCAUACCCUGCUGACAUUCAGGCCCUUGGGCCUCUUGUCAAUUUAUGUUAAUCAGUACAAAUAUUAACUUGGUUAUAUUUGAUCUAUCAAAACAGAUUUAAUAACAAUAUACAAAGCAAAUUAACAAGUGUUACUGGAAACGAAAAAGUUUAAUGUUUAUAAGCUUAUCUGGUAGUAACAGAUUAAAGAUAUAUAUCAAUUACUAUAAAUGUAUAUAUUUUAGCAGUAAUCUUAUUUUAACCAUUUUCGUGGUGAAAGUAUUCCGCUAAAUUAUGAUUGCACUGAUCUUAAUUUCUGGAAAUUGUUUUCUUCAGCAAGUACUGAGGAUGCGCCAAUUUAUCACUGCUUUAAAUGAAUCUAAUAUUUAAAUCCAUUUAAGCACUUAAUUUUUUACCAAAAUAUAUACAAUGUACGUUUACGGUACACUGAGCUAUAACAAAAUUAUAGAAAAAUGAAACAAAGGUUUGAUCUGUAUUUAUCUGCAAAUCAAGUCCCUGCCCAAAACGAACUAGCCCCCUCCUUCAUUUUUGCAGAAUUAUCAAUUUGAGUGAUUCACAAAUUAGCCCGGCCUCCCUUAACUUUACGCCAAAUAUUUUACACUACAUGAUAUAAGAGGGUACAUAGGGGAUUUCAUUUCUCUGUAUGUCGGAAUAUGGUUUACAUUAAAUACAUGUCGCUCCAGCAUAUGUUGGUCUUAAUCUCCGAGAUUAUUUUUUUAUAAGAUGGAAUUACCCUCUGCUGUGAUAUGUGGUAGUACGUACAAUUUUAAAUGAACGAUUCAUUGAUAUUUUUUAACUAACGUUUCAUAUUGUUGAGAUCUUUAGACAUAUGCUCAUGUCCACAAUCAUUAUUACCUUAAACAUUGUGUAAUUCUUGUUUUUUCCGAAGGGAAUUUUGUCCUUUGUACAAAGGGAGGUAACUCAUAUCGACAUUGUAUGCAAUUUUUUCAGCAAUAGACCUUUUUUUACAUUCUCUGUGAUUGCCUAGGUUUAUUUGCUCCUUGUGAAGAAAAUAUCCUUUACAUAAACUGUUGUAUAAGAUGCUUCAAGGUUUUCAACUGCAAAAUAAUCUAGUUUUUGCUCAAGUCUUGUGUGUGGGCUCCAUUUUCUGAACUUGAAUACAGCUUUGUAACAUUUCAUUAUGUAAUAUUUACCAGUGUUCAAUUUGUGUUCACACCAGGGAUACAUGUAACCAUUCACACAAUAAUUUGUUCAUUGAUAAUGUAUAUGUGGCAAGUUCACCAGAAUGGCCUGCAUUUAAGUAUCUACUUCAGGGUAUGGUUUAUAUAAGGAUUUCCGCAACACAACCAAUGAAUGUUUAUACGCGACAAUUUGAUGACUAGUACGGUAUGUACACCGUCACCUUCACCAGACAAAUGACUAGGGAAGAAUGUAUACACAAAGGUGUAAAACGUGUACAAGUUUUUUUCCAAACUCAAAGAUCGAUGUCGAUUUCGGCCAUGCUGCAGUGUACAUUGCUAUGCUGACGGGGCUUUUUCUCACUGGUUUGGGAAAGGGACUUUUUUUCUCAUUUUGGGAAGAAAAUUGGUGAAUUGGGAAAGAUUUUUUUUUCAGGAGUGAACUGCAAAUUUUGGGAAUUUGUCUUAAAUAUUAAAUAAUUUCAAUUGGGCCCAUAAUGGCCCCAAAAAGCCCUGGCUAUAGUAUUGUAAUUGGACUGAAAUGACGAUUCUGCAACUCUUUGCCUAAUACAGUAUUAGUCAUCGAAACUUCACAUAUAAACAUUCAUUGGUUGUUUUGCGGAAAUCCUUAUAUAAACCAUACUUUUCAACGUGAAGAAAAUGUUUAGAAAUAUACAUCUGAGUGAUUGUAGAAUGUGGCUGGCAAGUCACAAAUCAUCGUUACUCGAGGGAUUAUGUUGACUUUUGCUCUCUGUACCCGGGGAAUAUUUCAUGGCAAAAUUAACAGCACACAACUGUUUACUUGGUGGUCAAGAAAAAAAAAACUUGACCAAAGCUAACCUGAGGUUUUCUUUUGAAGAUUUCAGAGGAGUGAUAACAAAAUUUAAAGCCAGUUGAUUUAAUUUUAUGGCGACUUCGAGAUUUGUUUCACCCAAAGAUCAAACAAGUCUGUUCAUCUACAAGAUUGCAAUGACUGGGCUGUCGAUUUUGCCACAAUAUAUUCCAGAGAUGCAUGCUGUCAAUGUUUCCCUGGGUAUCGAGGAUGGUUCCAGGGGAACCGAGAGCAAAAGUUAACACAAUUCCUGUAGUAUGGAGGAUGGGAGUGACAAUGAUUGUGUUCUUGGACCAAGGAUCAUGAUAUGUUCAGAAUUUUAAACGUUGAUAUUUUUCAUGGAAAUUGCACUCAUCUGGAAGUUCAUAUGCACAGCAAGCACUUUUAAGUAACAUGCAUUUGAAUGGAAAACUAGAAUUGUUUGAGCAUUAAUUUUUUUCAUGAUCACAGGUCUCACGAUCUUCUCUCCCAUUUAACUGUGAACUGCUAUUUGAUGUUACCAUGGUGACCUUGACAUCUGGGGCCUGUUAAUUUAUGUGAACAAUUGUCUAUUAUAAGAUGUUUAAAUUGUUUUAUUCCUGGCAGACCUACAGAUGUUAAUACAGGCCCCGGACAAGGCUAGCCAGGCAUUAUCUAACCCUAACAGACCUUCACAUAUUGAUACAGGCCCGGACAAGGCUAGCCAGGCAUUAUCUAAUCCUAACAGACCUACAGAUGUCAAUACAGGCCCCGGACAAGGCUAGCCAGGCAUUAUCUAAUCCUGACAGACCUUCAGAUGUCAAUACAGGCCCCUUACAGUCUUAAGGCUCGCCAAGCAUUAUCUAAUCCCGACAGACCUUCAGAUGUUAAUACAGGCCCCAGACAAGGCUAGCCAGGCAUUAUCUAACCCUAACAGACCUACAGAUGUCAAUACAGGCCCCUUACAGUCUUAAGGCUCACCAAGCAUUAUCUAAUCCUGACAGACCUUCAGAUGUCAAUACAGGCCCCAGACAAGGCUGGCCAGACAUUAUCUAAUCCUGACAGACCAUCAGAUGUUAAUACAGGCCCCAGACAAGGCUCGCCAGGCAUUACCAUGGUGAUGAGUUACCCUGCAAUGUUAAGUUUUCCUUUUAUACACUUCUUACAUUCCUUUUUACUCAAGAAUAAAAAAAAAAUGAAAUGUU